AUGAAGGAGGGCACCGCCUGUCGGCCGGCGGCCAGCGACUGCGACCUGCCCGAGUACUGCAGCGGCCGCGACAGCCGCUGCCCGGUGGACGGCUUCAAGAAGAACGGCCAGUACUGCGAGGACGGGAAGAGCUACUGCUUCAACCGCACCUGCCAACACCUGGACGGGCAGUGCGCCGCCAUCUGGGGCGCCGACAGCGCCAUGGCCGCCCUGGACUGCUACCGCAAGUACAACGCCGAGGGCAUGUUCAACGGCCACUGCGGCCUCCAUCCCGACGGCACCUUCCGGGCCUGCGAGCCCGGCGACCUCCUGUGCGGCAGUGUGCAGUGCCAGGGCGGCACCGCCCACCACGACCACUUCACGGCGUCGGCCUCCGUCAUCACCCACAAAGGUCACCCGCUGGAGUGCAAGACCCGCACCUCGGAGGGCGUGCAGAUGGACAGCGUCGACGUCCUGCUGGCCGCCAACGGCACCAAGUGUGACGUUAACCGGGUGUGUCUCGCCGGGCGUUGCGUGGACAUUGUCCCGCUGAUCCAGGCCGGGACGUGUCCGGGGAGUAACGCCGUGACCUCCUGCUCCGGACACGGGCAGUGCAGUGACCUGAACCAGUGUUCCUGCGACGCCGGGUACGGCGGCGACGACUGCGCCCGGAAGACCGCCGCCCGGCAGGACAACACCUCUGCCCACUCCCGCCACGUCCCCAACGCCCCGCCCAUCCGCUCCAGCCGGCUGGAGUUCAGCGAGCUCAUCGACAACUUCAUGAUCCCCAUCAUCAUGGCGUCGCUGAUCGCCUUCUUCCUGGUCUUCUUCCUGGUGGCGCUCUUCUGCUACAAACAGCGGACCAGUGACGGGUACGACGGAACCCUCCCGGAGCCGGAGGACAUCAGUCUGGUGGCGACGAAGCCGCCCCUGCGGAGUCCGGUGGCGAGCUACGCCUCCCUGAAACGCAAUGACCUUUCCUCCAGCCAACUGAACCCCGAACGCCGCAGUCUCCUGUCGGACGCCGGGACCUACCGCAGCUACAAUGGCAGCUUCAGCAGUCACCACCGGACCUACGCGCCGCCCUCGUCCACCUCCACCCAGCAGCUCCUCCCCAUGGAGGUCCUCCGCGGGCACAAAGACGCGGCGGUGUCGCCGUUCGUCAAGCGGCGGCUCUCCAGCCGGCACAAUCUCACGGUCCCGCCCUCUCCGGCGUGGGGACACGUCGCGCCGGACGAACGCCUGUCCGACGAGUGGACCUCCAUCUCCGACGAGUUCAACGGCACCCACGAGUACUGCAAACCGGGUUCGCUGUACACCGAGACCGCCCUGAUCACGCCUACUCGCGAGACCUACCGCGACUCCCUGCGCCGGAAGAACCGCCACAGCCCCUCCAGCACCGUCCCCCCGGAAACCCGGGAGGUGGCGCUGCAGGUCAACCUCGACGGGUUCCCCGCCGGGGAGGAGCGCCCGCUCAGCGGGUACCUCCCGCCGCUGCCGCCGGCCAUGCGCGACCUCACCGUGACCCGGGUCAUGAACCCCCUCCCGCGGGUGUCGGUGCAGCGGGCGGAGAGCCCCGAGGCGUUGUGGCACGCGGGAGUCUCGUCCCGUUCGCCACGCCUCCUUCACCAUGUCAACUCCAUCAUCCUGCCGCAGCAGCACGCCCCGCGCCACGCCCCCUUGACCGGGUCGCCGCGGCGGCGCACCCCGGCGUACGUCAUGCAACCGCCGCACGAGGGGCAGUGGAGCGACAGCGACGAGUCCAGUGAUAGCAAUCAUCUGAGUGUCAACCAUCUGUCGCAUAACGUUCGCAUGUAA